CAUGAGACCUCGAUCGACCCGUCUCCCGUGCACUCAAAAUCAAGUGUAACAACCACACCCGGACCAAUUAUUGGUCAGUUCUGCGGGCGACGUAGCAAUGUCAGUGAUCUGAGUUUUGAGCACAAUGAAUGCUUUGACGUUGUGGUGGCACACAGAUGCCAUCCUUCCACAGCAACAUCCUGCAAAAGGAUUCAAACUUCAUUGGAACGCUUUUCGAGUGACGGCUGGAGUUCCAUGCUCGGCUGGGCGUGA